AUGGGUCUUCUCGAUAUCGUCCCUGCUGGUGUCAUCACCGGCGACAACGUCCGCAAGGUCUUCAAAUACGCCUCCGAACAAGGCUUUGCCAUCCCCGCCAUCAACUGCACCUCCUCUUCCAGCGUGAACGCUGCUAUCGAGGCCGCUCGUGAUGCAAAGGCACCGAUUAUCAUCCAGUUCUCAAACGGAGGAGCCGCCUACUAUGCCGGUAAGGGCAUCUCCAACAAGAACGAGGCUGCCUCGAUCCUCGGCGCCGUCGCCGGUGCGCACCACGUCCGCACAGUCGCCAAGGCCUACGGAGUCCCCGUUAUCCUGCACUCGGAUCACUGCGCCAAGAAGCUCCUCCCCUGGUUCGAUGGUAUGCUCGCCGCUGAUGAAGAGUACUUUGCCAAGCAUGGCGAGCCCCUCUUCUCAUCCCACAUGCUCGAUCUCUCCGAGGAGAGCAAGGAAGAGAACAUCGAGAUCUGUGUCAAGUACCUCGAGCGCAUGGCUAAGAUCAACUGCCAUCUCGAGAUGGAGAUCGGUAUCACGGGGGGUGAGGAGGACGGUGUCGAUAACUCGGAGGUUGAUAACGCGUCAUUGUACACCCAGCCCCAGGAUAUUCUUGAUAUCUAUAAUGCUUUCUCGAAGAUCACGGAUCUGUUCUCGAUCGCUGCCGCGUUCGGAAACGUCCACGGUGUGUAUGCCCCUGGAAACGUCAAGCUGCACCCUGAGCUCUUGGGCAAGCACCAGGAGUUUGUGAAGGAGCAAUUGAAGCUCGAAUCGGAUAAGCCAGUCUGGUUUGUCUUCCAUGGAGGCUCUGGAUCGACCGAGCAGGACAUCAAGACCGCUGUGGGCUUUGGCGUUGUCAAGAUGAACGUCGACACUGAUACCCAGUGGGCCUACUGGGAGGGCAUCAAGAACUUUUACGAGAGCAAGAAGGGCUACUUGCAAGGACAGGUCGGAAACCCCGAGGGCCCUAGCAAGCCUAACAAGAAGUUUUACGAUCCCCGUGUCUGGGUCCGUGAGGGCGAGAAGACCAUGUACGACCGCGUCAAGGUCGCCUGCAAGGACCUCGGAAACGUCGAUCGCCUGUAA